UCUGUCUUCUCCUCCUAUGCAGUGGGAAGCAAGACUCAGACAGUUAUCAAAAAGUGUGUGUCCUCCGACCUGUGUAAAGCCAGCCCUUUCUCUGCAAAUUUUGGCGAUGGAAUGACAAGGACAAGCUUCAAAUGCUGCGUGGGAAAUGCCUGCAGAACCACCAAUAUUACAGUGCCCCCGGCCGACACCAAACCCAACGGCCGGCGCUGCCCUGGCUGCUACGCGAUGAACGCUGAUCAUUGCAAUGAGCAAACCAUAAAUUGUACUGGAUCCGAGACCCAGUGUAUUGAUGCCACCGGGACCAUAACAAUUGGUGGACAUAAAAAGCAGACUGUCAUGAAGGGCUGCGCUUCCGAGUCCAUCUGCAUCAUGGCACAAGUGGCUUCGCAGAUGUUCACAGAUAUCAGUGUAGUUCUAACCGAGGUCGAAUGCACAGAGGCCUCCGGCGCGGCAGGCGUGGCUCCGGGACCAGCCGGGCGCCUCCUCCCAGCCCUCGCUGGUCUUCUCCUGCUAAAGCUUCUCUCCUGAUUCCCCACCUGGGGCAAUGGCCACACCGCACUGAAAUCCACCCAGCAGCCUGCGUUAGCUGCUCUCCCACACAGUGGUUCUCGGCUCUCAGAUGGACUCACAUCCCCUUGAUA